AUGCCCUCCGCACUUCCCUCGCUGAGAACGCUUUCGAAGCUUGCUCUUGGUGGUGUGCAGGUGCUGCUUGGAUCUGGACAGACGGUUUUGGGAGGUACACCUGCGGCUUGCUCGAAUCCGCAACUGAGCUGUCAUAACACUACGGUUGUGGCUGAUCUCUGCUGCUUCAAUGCUCCGGGUGGGCAAUUGCUCCAAACGCAGUUCUGGGAUACGGAUCCGGCGACAGGGCCGGAUGAUAGCUGGACAAUCCAUGGGCUAUGGCCCGACCGUUGCGACGGCACCUACGACGCGAACUGCGAUACUACCCGCGACUACUCCAACAUCUCGGCUAUCAUUCAAUCGUUCGGCAAGACGGAUCUCCUUUCAUAUAUGCAGACUUAUUGGAAAGACUACCAGGGCAACGACCAGACGUUCUGGCAACAUGAAUGGACCAAGCACGGAACAUGUAUCAGCACGUUGAAUCCGGAGUGCUACUCGGAUCACAAGGCAACAGAGGAGGUCGUAGACUUCUUCCAGAAAACUGUAGAUCUGUUCAAGACUUUACCUUCAUAUGAGUGGCUCGCCGCAGCUGGCAUAACACCCUCGACAUCCCAGACCUAUACGACAUCCGCCAUCCAGGCCGCACUGGCUGCCAAACGCCCAGGCGUUUCAGUGACUCUCGGUUGCAAGUCCAGCACCUUGAACGAAAUAUGGUAUCAUUAUGAUGUGCGCGGCUCCGUGCAGACCGGAGAGUUUGUUCCGGCGGAUCCAGAUGGCACCAAGUCAACAUGCCCUGCUUCUGGCAUCAAAUACCUGCCAAAGAACGGCGGUACGGGCACUCCGACCUCUGCUCCGGGAACAGGGACGAGUACGAGCGUGCCGACGGGGACGAGUGCGCCGGGGACGCCGUUUAGUGGGAAGGGGUACUUAAACGUACAAGUGAGCGGCGCGAAGAAGGGAUGUAUUAUUUCUGCUGGGACGUGGUAUACUACCGGGACUUGCGCAACUUUCACUUCGGCGACUUCUGGAUCGGGUUUCACACUCUCGUCGUCCAAAGGUAAGUGCGGAGUUGUCUCUGGUGUGUUGACAUGCGGUUCGAGUGUCACUGCGACUAGUUUUACGGCUGUGAAUGGGCAGCUGGCUGCGGGAGGCAAUGCAGUCUGGAGUGCAGAUCAGGCUGCGAGUGGGAGCACCCAAGAGAAGGUGUAUGCCGGUGGCGAUCAUGCUUCUCAGAUCAGUAUCGUUUGGCAGAGCAUAUAG